AACAUUGAUAACAGACUAUCCCAACAGAGACGUUACUAAAUGCUGACUCUGCACCAUUUUACUCAAAAUGAGCCAAAUUUCAAAACCAGUCCACCCAUAUUUGCCAAUUCUUUUCACUUCUUGACAAAAAAAAAACCUAACACAACUUCGAAUGCUCAUUGAUUACUUCUAUUACAAUGUCUUUACUUCACUACAUCCUGAGUUUCGACCCAAAGCUUUUGUUGAUGAUACUUGUCAUUUCUAUUAAUAGUAAUGUUCUAAAAGUGGAAAGUACAUCUACCUCUAUUGGAGUUAAUUGGGGAAGAAAUGCUUCACACCCACUUCCUCCUUCUCAAGUUGUGCAACUUCUUAAGCUCAACAAUGUUGCCAAAGUUAGACUGUUUGAAGCCGACCCUUUUGUUCUUCAAGCUCUUCAAGGCUCCAAAAUUGAGGUUAUUUUGGGUAUUCCUAAUUCAAUGUUGCCCAAGUUAAACUCUUCUUUUAAGGCAGCUCAGAGUUGGGUUCAUGAUAAUCUUACUCGCUAUCUAUCUGAUUCUUCUCCUAAAGUUCGUAUUCAGUAUAUUGCCGUUGGAGACGAUCCUUUUCUGCAAUCAUAUGGAGGAAGGUAUAUUCCCUUUGUUGUUGGAGCUGCUAUCAACAUUCAAGCAGCCCUAAAACGGGCAAAUGUAGGGGACGAGGUAAAGGUGGUUGUUCCAUGUAGCUACGAUGCCUUCAUAUCAGAAUCGGGCUUGCCUUCAAAAGGGCGUUUUAGAGCCGAUCUAAACAAGACCAUGGCUCAGCUCCUUACAUUUCUCUCAAAACACAACUCACCAUUUUUGUCGAGCAUAUCCCCGUUUCACCUUCUCCAACAGAAUAAGAACAUUUCUCUUUUUUUCUCUCUAUUCCGAGAAACUUCCCACCCUCGUAAAGAUAAUCACAAGCUUUACGAUAACAGCUUUAGUUUGUGCUAUGAUACGCUGGUGACCGCACUAUCGGGUGCUAGCUAUCCCCAAAUGGAUAUCAUCAUCGAUCAAAUUGGAUGGCCGACAGAUGGAGCUGUUAACGCCAAUUUCUCGACAGCAGAAACAUUCAUGAAAGGCUUAUUGACUCAUCUUCGUGAGAAGCCAGGGACGCCAUUGCGACCCCACAACCCGCCAAAACAAGCAUACAUUCUCAGCCUCCUAGACGAGGAUCAAAGAAGCAUCGCUGAUGGUGGUUUCGAAAGACACUGGGGAAUUUUCACUUUCGAUGGGCAGGCCAAAUAUCAUAUUGAUAUGGGGCAAGGCACACGAAACCUCGUGAAUGCCCAAAAUGUAGAGUAUCUCUCGGCCAAAUGGUGUGUUGUGAACGACAACAAGGACUUGGGAAACGCCUCGGCUAGUGCAUUAGAUGCGUGCUCAUCGUCAGAUUGCAGUGCUCUAUCUCCUGGCGGCUCAUGUUUCAACCUAACGUGGCCAGGAAACAUAUCAUAUGCGUUUAAUAGCUAUUAUCAGCAGCAUGAUCAAAGCCCUGAUAGCUGCGAUUUUGGUGGGUUAGGCUUAGUUACCACUGUCGACCCGUCUGUAGAUAACUGCAGAUUCUUUGUUCAACUCUGGACUUCCUAUGGGCGUUUUCUUCGAGUACCUUUGUUUAUGUACUUGAUUCUUUUGACCGCGGCUGUAUUUCUGGUAUGAUCAGGUAAGCUGUGAUUUUCAGUAAGCAGCAAUUUUCAGUUACUUCUGUGUAGCUGCUGACUGCUAUCCCAGAGUUAUUUUAGGUAGACAGUUCAGGAUAAAUGUUCAAGUAAUGCACUGAUUUGGUGCAUCAGUAUGUAAACUUGCAUUUUUUUUUCUAAGAGGGUGAUAAAUGACAACUGUCUAUAAGAAUUUUAUUUUUUUGCUUGAUUUAAAA